GAAGACCAGUGAAACCGGAAAUGUCAACCGACUGACUGCGAGUGAAGUGGUUGCAUUAACUAUAUAUUCACUUUAUAUAACAUGAUGAAAUGCUAAUUUAAAUGAAGAUAAAGUGAUAUAGAAUCGUCACAGAGCAAACUGCGAAUAUGACCAAUGUGUACUCUUUCGAUGGCAUCCUGGUGUUUGGGCUGCUGUUCAUCUGCACUUGUGCGUACCUCAAAAAGGUUCCUCGCAUCAACAGCUGGCUGCUGUCAGAGAAGAAAGGAGUGUGGGGCGUCUUCUACAAAGCUGCGAUAAUUGGGACGCGGCUUCACAUCGCUGUGGCGAUUUCCUGUUUGGCCAUGGCUUUCUACAUUGUCUUUUUAAAAUGAUAGAACGAGACUGGACUGGAGAAGACUGGAUGAGGAUGAACUCACCUAUGUGGUCCUGUGCUAAUCCUUGUUGUUGGACACCUCUUGGAUUACAUGACUGUUGAAGGCCCGAAGGCCCUGAAGGGUGGACCCAUGUGAAAGACUAGCCAGUGCUGCCCCCUUGUGGUGACUGGGUACAUAACUCCUCCCUUAGUAAUGUGUGUGCACUACAGACAUGAAGGGCAUCCUGGAUAUACUCCACAGGGAGCCUGCCGGGUCACAUGUUAUCAUUCUAUUGUACCGUAAAGCUGUUUGUUGUCUCCAUCCACAACCCAUGAAUAUUUAUAGUGAAGGAUGCAGAAGUUAUAAGGGCAGUCUGUGCACAAUAAACUAAAGCUGUAUACAACCUGAAAUUAGCCUAGCUGUAUAUAUUUGGAAUAUGACCAAUAGAGAUUUGCCAGAGGUUAUGUGUGAUCAAAUUGAAAAUGAUCAAUUCUGCUUGUUCCCAGCUAUGCUGUUUUUUUUUUCCAGUCGCUUCUUUUGUCAAAGGUGGAGGGGAAGAGAAACAAAACUAAUAUAUGAAGAUAUUCAUGUGUACAUUAUAUUUUCCUUUUUUGCAUUUCUAAUAUUUCCUUAACAGCGCUGGUUGGCAUCUCUAAAACUCAGUUUUAGGUCUGAAAUACAUAUUUUGCACACAUUCAUGUUACAUUUAUUUUGAUACAUGUUACAAGAUAACAUGUUUUAUAUGUCAUAAGUUGUGGAAGAUUGAACUGUAACUGAUUAAACUGUUAAAGUCACAAUGUAGAAACAGGAAUAGAAGUGUAGGAACUUUGUCAACUGGAUUGCUUAAUCAGACUUGUCUGGAAAUUUGAAUUCAAAGCCAAAUGCUUCUCAUGCAAUCACAAUUACAUUCUGUAUUAUUGGGUUUAUUUUUGCCACCCUUUUUUUUUUUUUUUAAAGAAUGAUAUUGGGUUUUGGGAAGGGAUGCAAUGCAAUUUUAAGUAAAACAUUUAUCAGACUA